CUCAUUUGGUUGCAUUUGUUGUUAUACCGAAUGUAUAUAACACAACUACAAUAUCAGGAAAUAACGUUACCAUUACAAGCAGCUUAGAAAUGAGAAAUGACACAUACUACGCACGAACGUUUCUUAUUCAUAUCUUCAUAAGUCUCAGAAACAUGUGGGACGAUAUCAUACCACGGUCGCAUGUUUCUUACGUGCUACUGCCUUUAACCUCUAAUCGGUACGAAAGUAUGAUAACUCCUGGAUUUGUUUUUUUGAGUGAAGUUAACAGUAUAUAUAACAGCGAAGUAGAUUCAAUUAUUAAACAAAAAGAAGUAACAUGUUUCAUAGCACGAAAUAUGAUACAAGAAAUGUUCAGUGAGUGGGUAGCUACAUUUAAUCAGUCGGAUUCUUGGUGUAUCGAAGGAUUUUUAACAGUAUAUGGAGUUUAUAUUUGGGACAAGAGUUUAAUGAAGUCAAUUGUGGUCCAGACACGACGAAAUGUUUUGGAUUAUGCAGAAGCAUUUAGUACAUAUGAUCUUGGAAUUCAAGGAAAAACUUGUACAGCUCGAAAUUCAACUGUUAGGAAAAUGUGGCGAGAAAAGGCAUUCGGCAUCUUUUAUAUGCUUAGUCAUAUCUUUUUUAAAGAAGAUUUCUUCUAUACUUCUAUGUUUAAACGGACCGUAAGCUUAUAUUAUAACACUGACAAAAUAUCAGAUAACAUAUAUAAGGGCGUAUCAAUUCUCGAUAAGUUAUGGUACUCGAAUUUUGAGGCGUCCUUAAAUAAGUCUACUUACUUUCCAAAAGACAUAAAAAGAAUACUAACUGUAUGGACAGCAGAAGUUGGUUAUCCUGUGUUACAUGUAAAACGAGUCAAUGAAAAACAGGUAGCAAUAUCUGUCAUAGACUGUUUUACUGUUGAUCACAAAAAGAAGUGCAAACUAAAUUGGAUACCUGUGACUGUUAAAAAAAUACCACAGACAAAAAAUACUGUCACGUAUAAUGAUAUUUUAACACCAAACAGAAAAUAUAUUCGUCUAUCGCUUUUUAGAAAAAAUGAGUUUGUCAUUGUCGCGGAUUCCACUGGAUAUCGCGUCAAUUAUGACCGUGAAUCUUGGACACACAUUGCUUUUUUCUUAAAAACUGUUGAUCUGAAGAUCACUGAUUUAUCUGACGUCACUGUAGCACAAAUAUUAGACGAUGCUUUUUAUUUUUUGGUGCAAAAUACAGAAUAUAACGACAAUUCUACUUCAGAUAAUAGUGAUCUAAACAUAUAUCUAGAAAUUGCAAGCAAUACAUUUUAUGCAAACAAUUCCUACACAAUGUGGUAUCCUAUAUUUUUUGCUCUUGAAAGCAUGUCGAAGAUUUUUCCGUUCCAAGAAACUGUGGUUACCAGAAACAUCAAGGUUAAGCUUUUGAUAAUAUUGAUUAGAUUUCUUGAUAAUAUAUCAUAUACACAGUAUUUCGAAAAUAGUGUCAAUAAUCAAUUCUAUCAUGAAAGUUUAAAAUGGACAUGCAUUAUUGGCGAUUGGAAAUGCAAAGAACAUGUUAAUGGAAUAUUAGAGUGGCAUUUCAAAAAUCCUGCACAAAACAAACUUUUGCCAAGUUGGCAGAAAUGGAUAUAUUGCCAAGGAUUAAUGUUAGAAACUGUCACUUAUGAUAAUUCUGCUUUGUGGCAAAAAAUUUUUCACAUAUACCAAACACAAGGAAAAGAAAAAGAAUUCUUAGAAUUUUUGCCUUGUUCUAGAAAAUACGAGGAUAUGUAUAAUUUUCUUUAUUUUCUUACUCGUCACAUUCUACCAACACCUGGAAGUAGUUUAACUGCAAAAACAAAUAAGACUCAAAAUAUUAUAAAUGCAAAGAAAAGUGAUACUAGUACUGUACUUUUCACUAUUUUUGCUUUGCAUUCGAAAAAUGAUUCAGCGCUAAAUAACAUAAGAUUUGGAUUAGAAUCUGGAAUAGUAAGAGACGUAAACAUACUACCAAUAAUAAAUUGUAUUAUUAACAACAUAUAUUCACACUACGACUUGUCACUGAUUACUAACGAAAUGUUCUUACAGAAAUUGGUGCACAUAUACAUGAUAAAGGAACCAUAUGUUCUCGAUGCCAUUAAAGAAAAAGUAGAAUAUCGUCGUAACUUCUUAAGUAAAAUGCAAACUACAAUCCGUUAUAAACCCCAGUAUGUUUGUAAUUAUAAACACAUGAAAAUAUAAAGUUUCUGUUUUGUGGUUUUUAGCAUGUA